AUGGUGGCUCCAUUGCUGUGGCAACAGUGCAAGACACUCGUCACCCGCUAUCCCAUUGUGCGUGGCAUGAUAUCAUAUAGCCUGAUCUGGCCAACUGGCAGCCUGAUACAACAAACCUUUGAGGGCAAAAAUUGGGGCAACUACGACUGGUGGCGUGUCUUGCGUUUCAGCAUGUACGGCGGCUUGUUUGUGGCGCCCACUCUGUAUGGCUGGGUUAAGAUUUCCAGCGCUAUGUGGCCGCAAACAUCGUUGCGCACUGGCAUUGUAAAGGCGGCCGUAGAGACCAUUUCGUAUACGCCGGCUGCCAUGACUUGCUUCUACUUUAUCAUGAGUCUGCUCGAGUCCAAGACAGUGCGAGAGGCGGUGGCCGAAGUUGGCAAAAAGGUCAUUCCCACCUACAAGGUUGCUCUAUGUGUCUGGCCCCUGGUGGCCACCAUCAACUUUUCCCUCAUCCCAGAGCGCAAUCGCGUCCCGUUUAUUAGCGUGUGCAGCCUCUGUUGGACGUGUUUUCUUGCGUAUAUGAAGCACUUGGAGCACCACGAGGUGGACCAAGUGCUUUAA